CACAGGAUGCUUGAGACGCGCUCACCUGCAGCUCGAAACUGAGUGGGAAGCGAAACCUUACGAUUUGCAAUAAAGAUGUUUGAUUUUGAGGUUCAAAACCCGCAUUAAAGUCAAAUCAGUGGGGUUAUACACUUUUAGCGCCAAAGGAUCAUGUAAAACGGGGCGGAAGGCUAGUUUCUUGCGGUUUCUUCAGCGGACACCUGCGCGCGCGUGUCACCGAGUUUCGCUGUAAGGUGAGGACAAAAGGCCGCCUGCAUGACGCACGAACGGCAACACACAGAUCUGACAGCGGCCAGUUUGACGAAUACAUCGUUUGACAUGGAGCCAGUCAAAUCUGGGAAGAAUUUUCCGGACCAUGACUUGGGCCAGACAGAGCAGUUUCUUUCAGCAUCAGAUCCAAAAAAGGUGCAGAAGAAGAGGGUAUCGUUCAGGGCCAUCGUGGCAGUAGGUCUACCCACAGCCCUGGCAAUCAUUGCAUUAGUAACUGGACUGUUAGUGUGGCAUUUCCAUUACAGGUAUAAUGGGAGGGUUAGGAAGAUGUUCAGUGGUUAUUUGACCAUCUCCAGUCAGACAUUUUCAGAUGCUUAUGAAAACAGCAACACCUCUGAAUAUAAAGAACUGGCUUUAAAGGUCUCAAAGCAGCUCAAAGGUAUAUAUGGUCAAGUGCGCUUACUGUCAAAGUACCAUGUGGCGUCCAGUGUGCAAGGUUUCAGUGAGGGCAAUAAUAAUGGUAUUAUCGCUUAUUACCUGUCUGAGUUUAAUGUGCCGGAGUCCCAAGUAUCUGCUGUGGACGAGGCCAUGGCAUCCCUGGAUGGGGGAGAAAAUGCAAGGAAAAGCCGGAGGGGGUUUAGUCGCAGGACUGACAAUAGCCUCAUCAUUGAUGGCAUGACGUCAGGAGCUGUGGAUGCUCGGUUAGCCGACAGAAACCUCAAACGGUCCAGCAAGAGGUCUCAUCAUGCUCACGGGAACCAGAUAGACAUUAUCAGGUCUCCAGGUUUUCCAGAUUCCGCCUACCUUCCCAACCUUUACACAGAGUGGCAGAUCCGGGGUGACCCGGAGCACAGGAUCAGACUGGAGUUUGACGUCUUGGACUUAGAGAAAGAUUGCCGUAAUGAUUUCAUCAAAGUGUACGACUCAUUAGCACCAUCAGAGAAGCAUGUCAUUACAGAGAAAUGUGGAUAUCGCUUACCUAAUGAGAAGCUAAUUUUCAUCUCUUCUGGGAACGUCAUGCUGGUUACACUGGUUACGAAUGAAGAGAAAAACUUCCCAGGUUUCAGGGCAUUUUACUCUCAGAUUCCAGCCACGAUUCAAGACUGUGGAGGGAGACUGAUGGGGCUUCGUGGUAGCUUCACAUCACCUGGCUAUCCCUCUCACUACCCACCUCAGACUGACUGUGUCUGGAACAUUGAGGUUCCAUCAGGAAAGCAUAUCAAGGUGAAGUUUGACAAGUUGUCUAUACAUAACACUGAACAAAAUACCAUCAGCUGUCCAGCAGACUACUUGGAGAUAAACUACAGGAUAUGUGGAGAGAAGCCAUCUAAAACGGUGUAUACAAUCAAAUCUAAUCAAACAACAGUCAGAUUUCAUUCGGACCCGUCUUACGUGAGCGAGGGCUUUUCUGCAGAGUUCGAGGCCUUUGAACCCACUAAUCCCUGCCCUGGGAGGUUCGAGUGUGACAAUGAUCUGUGUGUGUCCACUAACCUGCAAUGUGAUGGCUACAAUGACUGUGGAGAUAUGAGCGAUGAAAGGGGCUGCAGGUGUAAUGAGACUCAAAUAAACUGCAAGAACGGCUUCUGCAAGCCCAGUUUCUGGCGCUGUGAUGGAGUGAACGAUUGCGGAGAUAAUACAGAUGAGGAAAACUGUGGGAACUGCAAAGCUCAUGAGUUAACAUGUCGAAACGGUCGCUGUAUCCCAGCACAGAAGCGCUGUAACGGCUACGACGACUGCGGAGAUGGCUCAGAUGAAUCGAAGUGUGAGAGAUCCAUAGCUGUUAAAUGCUCUACUGGCACAUAUAAGUGCAAGAAUAACCAGUGCAUUAGCAAGCUGAACCCUAUGUGUGAUGGAGAAACUGACUGUGUGGAUGGAUCGGAUGAAGCUGAAUGCAAAUGUGGGACAAAGCCCUACAAGUCCAGUCGUAUUGUGGGUGGAAAGGACUCAAACGAGGGAGAAUGGCCCUGGCAGGUCAGCCUCCACAUGAAGACGCAAGGUCAUGUGUGCGGGGCGUCUGUCAUCAGCAACCGCUGGCUGCUCACUGCUGCUCACUGCGUGCAGGACAAUGAAAAGUUCAAAUAUUCUCAGCCUGACCAAUGGGAAGUGUAUCUAGGUCUGCUUCACCAAGGGGAGACUAGUAAGUCCACCCUUAAGCAUGUGAAGCAGAUAAUUUCUCACCCCAAUUAUGAUCACUUGAACUAUGACAAUGACAUUGCUCUGAUGGAGUUGGACAGCCCUGUAACCCUCGGCCACACCAUCUGGCCCGUCUGCUUACCUGAAGCUACACAUGACUUCCCAGCAGGCAAAUCCGUCUGGAUCACUGGCUGGGGCAAACAGAGAGAGGAAAUUGAUAACGUUGCAUCAGUGUUGCAGAAGGCCGAGGUGCGCAUUAUUAACAACACUGUGUGCAACAAGCUGAUGGAUGAUGGGAUAACACCACACAUGAUCUGUGCAGGUGUAUUGAGCGGAGGAGUAGAUGCUUGUCAGGGUGACUCAGGUGGUCCAAUGACGUCGGCCGAGAGCAAUGGCCGCAUGUUUCUUGCUGGUGUAGUGAGCUGGGGAGAUGGCUGCGGGCGCAGAAACAGGCCUGGUGUUUACACGCGGGUCACAGCAUACCGCAGCUGGAUCAGGGAGAUGACAGGAGUAUAGUGUCACAACACUGAUAAGAAAUGGACCAAAGCAAAAAAUAUUAACCCGUAUUGAAGAUAAUUAAGACAUUCAUGGUCUUUGAAUUGUAUUUCGGUGGCCAUAAAAAAUGUCUGAAAUCAGGCCAAUUGUCCUCUUAUUAGAUUGAAUGUAAUAAUAAUCAGCUUUCAUGGUUACUUUUUAUGUGUUUCUUCUUGUAUUUAUGCUCUAAAAAAGUGUGAACAAUGCAAAGUCUUUCAGCUCAAAUGUUGUUCUUACUGUGGAGGAAAAGUAUUCUUGCUGUCUUGCUUAAAAGUCAUUACAACUUGAGUGCGUCUCAGGGAUUUUUGUAAUGGAAUUGUUGGCCUAAUGUGAUAAUUGACAGGUUUGUUUUAUUACAUUGUUUUUAUUACAUUUUCACCUUUUUGUACGGCCACUUCAUGAUCAGAGCUGUGCUCAAAUGUAUUUUAUGGGUAAGUGACAGGAAACAAUUUUACAGUUUUCAUUUAUUCUAGGCAUUUCUUGAUCUGCUUUAACAUCAUGUUCAUUUUAUAUUACAUGCUGAUAAACUAAUUUCUUCAAGCUUUGUGUUUAGUGGCAGACUAAAUGUAUUUUGUUUGUGUGUGUAUAGAUAGACAAAAAAUAGUUCUUACCAGUGGAGUUUGAAACUUGAAAUAUGAAUGUCAGCAUUUUUUAAUUGGCAAGUUUUUGUUUACAUAGUAAUUCUCUUUGUUUUACUGCAGUCUUUAUCUAUGAUAUAUAUAUUUUUUUCAUUUUAUUUUUGUUAAUGUCCUCCUUGCAGGAUUGGUAUUCCCGUAAUGUGCCUUGAUACUUCAGUGGAUUCUUUGUUAAACAUUAAAAGGGAAAUUCUUA